AUGUUCCCCGCCAUGUCCCGCACUGUCGCCUCGGCCGGUCUCCGUACCAUCCCCCGUGCUAUGCCCCGCGCCACUUCGCUCUCUAUGGUUGCUCGUCGCAACGCCUCGACUGCUGCUGGCAAGAAGGUCCCCCAGGGCGCGGAGGAGUUUAUGCCUUUCAUGAAGGCCUUCCCAGUUGAUGUUUACCCACUCGUCGCGGUCGUCACUGUCGCCUGCACCGGUUCCGUCUACAUGUGCAUCAAGCACCUGACCACCGACAAGACUCUGCGCCUCAAGCCCUCGGGCGGCAGCCACCACUAG